UGAAAAGUCUCUAGUCUCGCUCCCUCGCUCAUCCAUAAAAGAAGCCAAUGUACGGCAUAGUGAUUAAUUAAUUUAACCCAAAGUGUCACCAGUUAUCUGCAAUGGCUCGCGUGGCUUCAAACCCAGUUGGUCUCCAUAGAUUCCGGCCAUGUUUCCAGGUUGCUCAGCUUCCCCAACAUGCUAGAACCUCUCUUCACUUCCGAAACGAGCACCGCAGAUUUCCGACCGUUUCUUGCCAACAAACCCCAGAUCCAACCGAGACCUCCACAACGGAGAAAUCGAUUGUUGAGCCAGGCUCAGGCAAUGAUAGCAGUAGCCAAGCUACGAGUUCCUCAGGAGACUCUGGCCCUCCACAGUUUCCGAACAAAAAUACCAACAAGCAAGUAGCAUUGGUUUCUACUCUUGCAGCUCUAGCACUUUUCUUAUCAGGACGACUAGAUUUUGGUGUUUCUUUGAAGGACUUAUCUGUUGCUGCCUUACCUUAUGAAGAGGCUCUGUCAAAUGGGAAGCCUACUGUUGUUGAGUUCUAUGCCGAUUGGUGUGAAGUAUGCAAGGAAUUAGCUCCAGAUGUCUAUAAAGUUGAGCAGCAGUAUAAGGGUCGUGUAAAUUUUGUUAUGCUGAAUGUUGACAGCACAAAGUGGGAACAGGAGCUUGAUGAGUUUGGUGUUGAGGGUAUUCCACACUUCGCAUUCCUAGAUAAAAAGGGCAAUGAAGAGGGUAACGUAGUAGGUAGGCUUCCAAAGAAGUACCUGCUUGAGAAUGUGGAUGCCCUCGCCCGUGGAGAAGCCUCCAUACCUCACGCUCGUGUAGUGGGGCAGUUUUCAAGUGCUGAAGCCAGAAAGGUUCACCAAGUUGCUGAUCCAAGAAGUCAUGGAUAGUUGCUAACUUCUUUUGGAGAAGAACCCACCUGGUUCUUAAGGGAUUUACAUACAAAGAUUAAUAUCGCAAAUGAUAGCGAUUGCCGAUCCUGAACAGAUGCCUCCAGUGCAUUAUUGGCUAACUCCUGCAAGCUCAUAGCUUUCUCUACAGGUUAAAUUUGUACUGCAAUUGUAAAGUCCUAUCAAGGAAGAGAGUCCCUGUAUCGUAACUUUGAUACUUUGCUUAGAAAUCAUUAAUAAUAUACACCUUCCUGGAAUGAAUUCUGA